ACAAAAGUACGACAUUGUCAAGUGACGGAUAUCUUUUCGAGUUCCUCUUCGUCCUCGUAUAUGCUGCUACUGCUCUAGUAGGCCUCGCGACCUUCGUGAGUGAAUAUGGGGACAGCAAAAGCUUCCGGCAACGAGGGGGUUGCCUCUUCGCGUCAACUCAGCCAACCGGAGAUCGAAGUAACGGUAUGGGAUGGCGAUGAGGAACAAGUUGUAUCCGGAAAGAAGCAACGGAAGCCCAUCGGGAAGCGUUCCCGCAGAGCGACCAGUUCUCCUUCAACGUCGACGUCAUUCCAACGACAUGAGAAAAUCGCAUCACUCAAAGGUCUGUGGAACAAAAAACUCAAGGGACGGCUGCGAACACAGCAGAAGCUGAACGAUGAGGCUACGCGGCGACUACGGACUACUGAGCUCAUGCUUUUUGAGGAAGAAGGCGGACUGCUGACCGAGGGCUUGGAGAAAUCGUACGCUAUUCCACAGGCAGACAUCGUCAAGGAAGCAGACCUAGGAACCAGAGAGAAGAUCUUCUCCCUCGACCUCCCCUUCGGCCCCUACGCGGUGGAUUUCUCACGAAACGGCCGGCACAUGCUUAUCGGCGGGAAGAAGGGGUCUUUGUCUCUCCUCGACUGCCAUACGUUUCAGCCGCUGUGUGAAAUAAACGUGAAGGAGACGGUGCGGGACGUCCAGAUUCUCCACAACCACACAAUGUGGGCGGCAGCUCAAAAAAAGUAUCUUUACAUCUACGAUCAGCAGGGGAUCGAGCUCCACUGCCUCCGAGAUCACAUGAUGACAUACCGAAUGGAUUUCCUUCCUUACCACUACCUUCUCGUCUCUGUCGGCGAGUUUGGUGAACUUGUCUACCGAGACAUCUCCACGGGCCAGAUCGCGGCGCGCCACAAAACUCGGCGAGGCCCCUGCGACUGCAUGCGUCAGAAUCCCUCCAAUGCAGUCAUGCAUCUCGGGCAUAUAAAAGGAACUGUGUCGCUCUGGACACCCAACCUCGGAAAGCCCGCCGUCGAGCUUCUUUGCCACAAAGGCCGUGUAACAAGCGUCGACGUCUACCGUGACUACAUGGUGACUUCAGGCAUCGAUGGCUCUUGGAAGAUUUGGGAUCUGCGAACUUACAAGCCUCUUCACUCGUUCCAGUAUUUUGGAUCGCCCCCGUCGUCAGCCCGAUGGAGUCAAACGGGCAUGCUCGCAAUGGGUUUCGGUUCUCAUGUUCAGUUCUGGAAGGAUGCGUGGAGCACACCAAAGCCGAGGUCGCCGUACCUAACUCAGCACUACGACAGCAAGCAAGUGGAGAGUCUGGCGUUCCGCCCUUUUGAGGAUCUCUGCGCCGUGGGCUUGACCACGGGAAUCGACACGAUCGUGGUGCCUCAAUCUGGCAUCGCAAACUUCGAUACCUUCGAGGCGAAUCCUUACGAAACGUCUGCGCAACGGCGAGAACGCGAAAUCCAUUCCCUUUUGGAGAAGCUGCAGCCGGACAUGAUCACGGUGGACAAGUCCAGCCGUGUGGGUGCAAUUGACAGCGCGCCUCGUGCAGUUCUGGCCGAAGAGAAACAACGCGAGAUGGCUGAAAAAGCCGAGAUGAAGAAGACCAAGAAGAAGACAAAGCAGCGCGGCAGAAACACUGCGGCCAAGGUGCAAAAGAAGGCGGUUCUGCAGUACAACCAGAAGGUUCGGACUCUCACGGCCAAGAGGCUGGAACAGGCGAAGGCGGAGCAGAAGGCCAGCAGAAGUACAAAGGACGACAGAGAGCAGGCCUUCAGUGCGUUGGACAGGUUUCGAAACAGAGAGAAGGCGUCCUACAGCUGAGAAGCACGCUACCAGCCACAUGUUACACAACUAAACUUGUGCAAGGCAGUCGUCCUCUUUGCUAGCGUUUACGUGGAAUAGGUCCAGCAUUUGUUUCAGCACAGCAGCAGUCUGGGCACUUCAUGUUCCACCACGGAGGCGAACUUUGUUUGCGUGUCUGCGUUGCCUCUUUCAAUUGUACGGCCC